AUGGAAGAAACCGUCACAAGAACUUGCUUCAAAGCAUCGCGCGUCAACCAUGUACGGCAACGGAUUGGCACCAGUGUGGAGCAGAAACGACACACCGCUGUUUCAGAUGGGCGAAGGCUAACGAAUUUGACGGACGUAUCGGAUAUGGGGUUCCACCCUUGCCUGGCUGGUGGUGACGAGACGGUAACGACGCUUAUAUCUCAAACCGCGACAUGCGAUGAUCACUUCUUCAAAAUGUCCGACAAUCCGGAAACGCUCCUCACAGCCAAGAACGGUUCCUUUGUAAUCAUGUGUUGUGACGUUCUUUGUUGCAUUUGGUUGAUGGCCCUCUACUGGAGGUUCAAGCACGAGAUGAUUGAGUUCGAGGAAAAGGCGGACAAGGAAAAUGUCACACCGGCGGACUAUGCCGUCGAGGUCACCGGAAUCCCGGUGGACGCUAACGACGAAGAGGUGAUUCGACACUUUUCCGAGCUCUUUCGUCUGGACAAGCCGGGGUGGACGUUUCCCGGGUGGGGGUGCUGCGCUCUCGGCAAGAAGAGUGCAGACAUGCCCGAAGACGUAGUCGACUGCGGCGGCGUGUCAAUCGGCGCUAGCCUCGAGCCCGUCAAGUCCACAGCACACUCAAGGUUCGAUCACGUCUGCCGAGGUUCCUGGCUGGCGGAGUGCUCCUUGGCGCACCCGGAGGGGGACUUUAUUCGGCAGCUUCAAUCUAAAGCGGAGAGGUUUGAGCAAAUAAGCUGGAAAACCUCGGCGGCGUUCGUGGUCUUCAACCACGAGACGUCCGUCGUGCGCUGCCUGGCAGACUAUGCGCGGUAUCCUCUAUGGAUGCAACCACGCCAACUGCGAUUCCGAGAAAAGCACAGGAUAACGGUCCAGCGGGCACCAGAGGCUGCCAACAUUCUAUGGGAGAACUUGGAGCUGACCCAAAAAGAACGAGCGCACCGCAAGACUCUAACGCUCUGGGUCACCAUCGUUCUCUUGACCGCCAGCUUCGCGCUCUUGUACGCCAGCAACAUCGCUGAGAAGGAGUUUAACGCUGCGAUCGCGUCGAGCGAGCAACGGUGCCUCGUGACCAUCCCGGCCGAGCACGGCCUUCCUCCAGCGACGCCGUACGCCGGAGGUUUCGCGCCGGAAGGUAUCUGCGCCAGCGACGAUAUCUGGGUAACGUUGGAGGGUUCGCCGUACCAGACCAACGGACAAGAAAACACCUGCGUGGAUCCUUGCGUCGACCCGACGGACUGGCGGAACAUGGACUGCGAGAGCGGCACUGGCAUCUCUCCGUGGCAGAUCGCUUCUUGUCUCUGCAGGCAAGAGAUAGAAGAGCACGGCACUGGGGCUAUUGAUUUUGUUCGCAAGGUCGGCGGUGGGUGCUGGGAGUACGGCACCAAGUACACCAUCGGCAAGAUUCUCACUCUAGUCGCUUCGGUGAACGUCGUGGUCAUCAACUUUGGGCUCAAGUGGGUGCUCAAACGCAUGGGCACCUACGAGAGGCACCCGUCCGUCACCGAGCAGGCGGUCAGCAACACCUGGAAGAUCUCGCUUGCCCUCUUCAUCAAUUCGGCGUGCGUCGUGCUUCUGGUCAACCUGCCCAAUUCCUUUACGCUGUUCGGGUCCGAAAACGCCAUGACUGCGGCAAAACUGGCGGCCGAAUCGGCCGAGGGCGUCGAGUGGUACACGACCACGGGCCAGGCUCUUAUCACGACGAUCGCCAUCAACGUCUUCGCGCCCCGCCUCCCGGACCUGGUGGAGCACUUCGCCCUUGGUCCCUGGCGGAGAAGACCAGCGGCAGCCUCGUCGGUGAUCACACAGAGACAGCUCAACAGAGACUGGAAGGGCCGAAACUUCGACUUGUCGGCGCGCCUGCCGAUCACGCUGAUGAUGUUAGCGGUGGCGGUCACCUUCUCGCCGGCACUUCCCGUGCUCUUCCCGAUGGUUGCCGUGUAUCUCGUCGCCACCUACUUUGGGGACAAGUUCUACCUGCUCCGGGCCUGCUGCACGCCCCCGCAGGUCCGAUCACAGCGCAUACGUUUUCUCAAGUAUUUCGAACAACGAGGUGAACCUCAAACGACGACGUAUGAUGGUCGAAUCGUCAAGGUUGCGGCGCACGCGAUGCCCAUGAUGCUUGUUUGCCACUGCAUGUUCGCGAUCUACGUGUUCUCUGCCGGGACGUUCUUCGAGUCGGACUAUGUGGCGGACGUGCUAUCGUCCAGCGUCGAUGACAACCUGAGCGGGGACGGCGGAGCUCAAGGUGCCACCCGGUCGGCCACGAAGUCGGUGAAGCUCCUCUGCCUACCAUACAUCAUCAUGCCCGCCCUCCUAGCCCUCUACGCCCUCUUCACCUCGACGGUGGGGCGGCUGUUUCGACUCUGGUGGUCUGCUAUCACUUGCAAGUGUUUCAGGGGCGCCGCGAAGGUCAGCGGGCCGAAGAUCAAGGUGACCAACCCUGCCUAUACGGAGGUGUUCGAGAGAGGUUAUCCCCCGAGGGAGCCCGUGCCAGCGUUCUUCCAGCAAAAGAUGAACUGGGUCAUCCGACAAGAUGCCAGGGGGUGUAAAUUCCUUCAGAAGACCAGACAGAAGGCGAAGGACUCUCCGAAGUCGCGCAAGAACAAUGGCUCGCAAGGGCCGGAGGUGAUGCUCACGUGGGAGGUAUUGCGCAGCAUUUACCCCGCGCACACUUACCACCUCGAGGACAACCCGGCCUACAGAGACAUCGUGGUGACUCGAAACGUGAUCGCAAAGGAGCUUGGAAUAACGACCCCGAAAUCACCGGGUGGAAAGCUCUGGUCCCCCGCUGACUACGACACGUAUAAUGGUGUGUCGAAGCCGUCGUCGGCUCGCCGGGCUCGGAAAACCAAAGCAUCGGACUAA